UCCAACAAUUAAUAUUUUUCUUAAAUAAAACCCUUCGAUAAUUGUGACAGUGGUUUCACUUUUAGAAAAUAAGGCAUUUGCAAUUCAAUGUAUGUAAACUGCAGCAUCUUGUAGUGUAACCAAAGCAGCUCACUAGGGGAAUCGUGUGCUUUUGUUUUGUUUGGACCAUCCAUUUUUCUUAUAUAUGGCAGGAGAAUCUCUCCCUGGGGGACUUUUGAAACGACGAUGGUGCUUCACUCCAGCUUCAUACAACCAGCACCAAUCACAGAGGCAUAACACUGCCCAGAAUACACAGAGAAGUAUGACAGCUAAAAGCAGCUCCCAACUAUACACAGAUACCAAAAUAGGACUGCGGUUCUCACAGUCUUACGAUUAAUUCCUCUCCGUCAGGCAGGCAAAGUCAGGCAGUCAUCGAAAAUCGCUGUACCCAGCCAAGACGUAUGCAAUAUUGGAAACAAAAUGAUGAUGAUGAUGUAUUUUAUUUAAUUCAAGCACUGAAAAUACAUCCACUCAACACGCAGUGUGCCAAGUUACCAGCCAUGUCAAUUAAGGAGCAAGAAUGCUACACGUAUGACUUUGCUAACCCAGCUCACCCAGCAGAGUUCUUGGAUGCUUUCCAAGAAUUUUACCUUGAUGGCUUGUUCACAGACAUUACUCUCCAGUGUGCUACUGGUCAGAUAUUUCAGUGUCACAAAGCAGCUCUGUCUGCAUGCAGCACUUAUUUCAAAGUGAUGUUCACAGCAGACAUGAGAGAGAGAUCCAACAACUUGAUCAAGCUUUCAGGUAUAGACAGUGAUGUAUUGACUGCUCUGGUGAAUUAUGUGUAUACAUCCCAGCUGAGAAUAACAGAGAAGAAUGUCCAGAGCCUCUGGGAAGCAGCUGAUCUCCUUCAGUUUGUAUCUGUAAAGAAAGCCUGUGAGGAGUUUCUGGUCAGGCACCUGGAUGUUGACAACUGUUUAGGGAUGCAUUCUUUUGCCGAGUUUCAUGUCUGCCCUGAACUGGAGAAAGAGGCCAGGAGGAUGAUAUUGUGUAGGUUUGAAGAGGUCACAAUGCAGGAGGAGUUCCUGGAACUGGACUUUGAGAAGUUAAGUUAUGUAGUGUCUAGAGAAAACCUCAACGUCUGGAGACAAGAAGUUCUUUUGGAAGCUGUCGUGAAAUGGAUCACCCAUGAUGUCCAAACUCGGAUUGGUUAUGUGCAGGAUUUGCUUUACUGCAUCCAACUGGAUUUGGAUGAAAUCUAUCUGAGGACGGCCCUCGAUCUGCAGAAAAGAUGUUUACUGGGCAGUGAGAAAAAAGUCUACUCCUUAAUCUGCCAUGGUUUACAAUCCACUCGCAGAGGGAGCUUUGUGAAUUCUAAAAAGUUGACCUCUAGCAUGUACAUUAUUGGGGGAUAUUACUGGCACCCACUCUCAGAGGUAAAUGCAUGGGAUCCACUUACUAAUACCUGGGUCCAGGGAACCGACAUGCCAGAUCACACGAGGGAGAGCUACAGCGUGUCACUUUUGGGACCAAACAUUUACGUAACAGGGGGUUACAGAACAGACAACAUUGAAGCUCUUGAUACAGUGUGGGUUUAUAAUGGAGACACCGAUGAGUGGACAGAGGGGUGCCCUAUGCUUCAUGCUCGAUAUUAUCAUUGCUCGGUCACUUUGCAUGGCUGUGUGUAUGCUAUAGGAGGGUACAGAGGGGGAGCGCCUGCACGAGAGGCAGAGUUCUAUGACCCUUUGAAGAAGACAUGGACCCCUGUUGCAAACAUGGUACAAGGUGUUGGAAAUGCCACAGCCUGUGUUUUGCGUGAUGUAAUCUACGUAACUGGAGGUCACUAUGGCUAUAGGGGAAGCUGCACUUAUGACAAAAUUCAAAGAUACAAGCCAGAUCUCAAUGAAUGGAGCAUUGUUACAAUAAGUCCACAUCCAGAGUAUGGGCUGUGUUCUGUGGCUUUAAACAACAAGCUGCACCUAGUCGGUGGGCAGAGUACCAUCACUGAUUGCUAUGACCCAGAAAAGGACGAAUGGAGACAGAUGGCUCCGAUGAUGGAGAGGAGGAUGGAAUGUGGGGCUGUUGCCAUGAAUGGAUGCAUUUAUGUCACAGGGGGGUACUCCUACUCAAAAGGAACCUAUCUUCAGAGCAUAGAGAAAUAUGACCCAGAACAAGACAAGUGGGAAAUCGUGGGCAGCCUUCCCAGUGCCAUGCGAUCACACGGUUGUGUUUGUUUUUACAGUGUGUAGACAGGAUGCUGUGAACUGGUUCUAUAUUGCUGCCCAACAGGAAAUGCUGGCUAUGAAGUGCUGGAAUAGACAAACAGGAUGUGCUGUAAAGAGCAGUGGCUAAUGAGAUGUAAACUACUGCACUGUUCCUUGUCACCCAGAAGGAUAACAUGCAGUUGAUACAAUGCUACCAAGUGGACAGCUUCUUUCAGUAUGCUAGUGUUCAUUUUAAUUGGAAUACAUAUUGCUCCAAUGAAGAACCCACUCCUGUUUUGAUUCAAAGAACAUUUACCAAACAAAUAUCCCUUUUUUCAUCCCUGCAUGUGCCAAUAAAGUCUCUUACAAUCAGGGCUCAGGAAGAAGAAAAUAAGUUUUGUAUGUUAAUAUGAGAAAGACACCUACCUGGGUUUGGCAACAUUUUUAAAGUCACAUGAAAACCACACAGAGUACAUUCAGAAGAAGUUGUGUAAGAUCCCAUCUGUUUUAUACAGGGGUACAGACCCGGACUAUUUUGUUUUAGAGUUAAGUAGAUCACUUAACUUUUUAAUUUUCAUAGAAACUACAGUGCAUCAAUUACAACAUUUUACAUUACAGAUUUUAUAUUUGAAUGUAAAUACUUUUAAGUAUGCUGAGUAAGUUUACUUUAAAAUAAAAUAAAAAGCCUAUAGUAUGUUUAUUUACAAAAUGGACAAUCCCAAAGCACCAUUUUGUGAUCUUGGUAAAUUUUAAAAUGCAAUGCUUAUUUUCCUCACUAGGGGGUUGUGACAAGGCAAGAAUUGGGAGCUCAAAGAUGAUUCUGUAACACUGAAGCAUUUGUCAUAGCAGUUGGACACACACAUCACAUUUGUUUCUGAUAUCUUACUCAAUAUGGUAUGAUAUUUGAUAUGAAGAUUUGUACUGGGACAUUUUUUUUGUAGGAUUUUCAAUGUGUAUCUGUUUAAACUGUGCAAUUUCACUUGAGACGUAAACUAUAAUCGAUAGAUUUCAGUUUCCUAAGCAGGUACGUUUGAAGUUGUUCAGUCUUUUGCGCAUGAGAACAUUUGUAAGGAUUUCCUAUUGAAGGAAUUUUGUGAUAUUGUAACUUUGUGAAUGUAUGUUCUGUAGCACAUGACAGCUGUAGAGUGAGUGAAUUGCCCCAAAGAAUAAUCUUGCAGUGCAGAAGCAAUGGAGUAUUGAUCCCUUUAGUCUUUAUUUAUUGGGACUGUUCUUGACAAGCUGGGACUGUUACAAACUAUUUUGACAGCACAAUGUGGGGAAGCUCAAUUUGUCACUGAUGUACCUUCGCUGUGGAAGCCAAAAGAAUUCAGCCUUUUCAGUGUCAGCCUGGUAACUUUAUAAAGCAUUAAUUCUAAUAAAACAAACGAGUCAGCCUUUAAGAAGAAAGAAAAAAACGUUUUGCAUGAAUAAAUGUGUAAUAGAUAUAGUUGUAAUAUUGUAGAUGAUAUACAAAACAAUAAAUUAUUACAAGAUCAUAUGUUUACAAACUUUUAACCACAAUGUUGUUUAUUUUAUGAAUACAGAGAUUUUUAAGUACAUAUGGUCUAUACAAAUUAAUCAGUGGCAGAUCUAAGUAAGACCAUUGUUUAAAUCUUAAUAAGGGGGGGACUUUGACCAAACCAACAUCUCUAAGAAAAUGUGUGAGUCUCCUAGUGUAUUUUUUCUCUUUAAAAGGAAGUAAAAUAACAAUAUUUAGAUCUGUAACUGU